UUUUUUAAAUGUCUCCGAUGCUAUUAAUUUUUAUUGUUUUUUUUUUAAUAGGGAAAAUUUUCUUUCAGCAUGGCCAGAAAAAAGGCAAAAACAAGGGGGAGCUACCAAAAAAAUGACCCCUCAGUUAUGGAGCAGGCGGUAAAAGCUGUACAAUCGGGGGCUCUGUCUUUAAGAAAAGCCGCGGAGAAGUUUAAUGUACACAAGUCAACUUUGCACGACAGAGUGACGAAACGAGUUACUAUCGAUGCAAAGCCUGGGAGAAAGCCUGUUCUCUCGAACGAAAUUGAAAAAAGAAUUAUAAAAAAUGUUACUGAAAGUGCUGAGAAGGGUUUCGGUAUAUCAAGAAAACAACUCCUUCAUCGAGCUGCUGUUCUUUGUAAAAGGAACAAAAUUACAGGUUUCAAAAACUUCACACCAUCUAAACACUGGUGGGAAGGUCUGAAAAAAAGGCACCCCGAGGUUGCGUUAAGGAAGCCAGAAAAGCUCGGCACAGUACGUGCAAGAAUGCUUAAUGGCUGUGUAGUAGAUAAGUAUUUCGCAGACCUAUCUAAAAUAGUUGUUAACCUUGAUUUGCAAGAGAAACCAGAAAAUAUAUGGAACUGCGACGAAACCGGCAAGCAGUUAGAGCACACGCCCGUCAAUGUCAUUGCCAGACGUGGCAGCGAAUCUGUUGUUGGCCGCACUGGCAAUGACAGGUCCAAUAUUACAAUCAUGGCCUGCGUAAAUGCCACUGGGGAUUCCAUGCCCCCUAUGCUUAUAGUGAAGGGCAAGACUAAAAAGUCUUUAUUCGGCUUCAACACAGCCGAGUCUCCCCAAAAUUCAGUUUGGACCUACAAUGAAAAGGCUUGGAUGAAUGAGGAGUUGGGGGAACAGUGGUUUCGGGAGGUUUUUCUAGCGCACUGUGGCCCCGAGAGACCCCAACUUCUCAUUCUGGAUGGCCACGGAUCUCACGAAACACUCGGCUUGCUAGAACUUGCAGCGGAGGAAAAUAUACAUAUAUUAGCACUACCUCCCCAUACCACUCACUUUUUGCAACCCCUAGACAGAACUGUAUUCGGUCCGUUCAAUAAGGCGUACAACAGGGUUUGUUCUGAAUUUUUGUCUGAAAAUCCGAGUAACUUAAUAAACAAAUGGACGUUUCCAAAAAUGUUUUCUAAAGCAUGGGAGGCUGCAAUUACGAAAGAAAACAUCCAGAGUGGCUUCAGGGCCUGUGGGAUCUACCCACUCAAUCCCCAUGCGAUUCCGACAUCGGCAUAUUUACCGAGCUCAGCUUACGAGACAAGCAUGCCCGUUGCGGAAACACCGGCAGCUUUAGGGAGACCGCCAUCUCCAAGUGCCGCCGACAAUGAAAAUAUUCCAAGCAUCAAUAUGCCCAUCCCGCCAGAAACAGAGUCACAACCCAUGCACAAUGCAACAUCUACAAUGCCUCCUAUUGAUUCAGUAAGUCAUGACCAGCCCACGCCAAACAUCAUAUCUCUAGAGCAGCUUCCCCUUCAAACUACAUCACUGCCCACAACGUCGUCUUCGCAGAAUUUUGAAGUAGAUGAUCCCAGCUAUUUACUACAGCUGAUUAACAGUGGCGAAAUUCAGGUGGUUGCCACAGCUGACAACGAAGGCGUCGCUACACUGCCUGUGGACACGAUUGCUGACCACUAUCCGAGUCUAAUUUGA